GGGCUUCACAAAUGGAUCUAGAGACAAGUUAUCCACGCCCACGACGACUUGGAAGUGCUGGGUUGGCAUUGUACGGCAGAUGGUGUGAUGAUCAAGACUUGACAUAUUCGAAUAUGUCCAGCGUAUGUGACGACCACAAGACAGGACAUCUCAGGGAGGAGCAACGCGCACCUGUCCGUGAUGAAAGAGGAACCCCUGACCUUCGUUGAACGCGAAACUUUUCAAGACUCUGAUUACUUUUACAUAGUGUGAAACUCAUCGCCGGGUCGUCAGCUAGCUUGUCGCUUCUGUCUCAACGCCAUUAAAACAAGAAUAAGUAAUAAACACAGCCGUUAGCUACCCUCCAGGUGCUGCGGUUCAGGAUUGAAAAUAGCCAAAC